AAAAGAGGUCGACUGUGCGCAUGCGCAACAGUUGCCAUGGCGCAGCCUAGUCUUGCCGAGGGAAAUGUUUCUUCAGCUUAAAAGUCGACGUCUUUUUUUUCCCCCUGCGGUCCGAGGACGUCACAAGUAAACUAUCUUUGGCGCAGCUGUUUCCCGAGCGGCGUUGUCCUGGUUGUAUGCGGCGUGCGACGUGCACUUUAACCCCGAAAAAUGAAUCACUCCGUGGAAAUCGGCGUCUGCAUUGUUUUGACCGACCUCCGGAGGCAGGAGCUCUGCAACUGAAAUGAGGUGUCUCAGUGGACGAUUAAGGCGCACAGCUCCCAUGGGUGGCGGCAGCCGAAACGAGCUGGUCCCUUCCAAGACCCCGCGGGUCAACGGCUGGACCUGGCCCCCUCAGCUGUUCCAAGUAACCGCCUGGUUAAUUUACAACUACCUCGCCGUCGUCAGCUUUGGCAUCUUCAUCCCUCUCCUGCCGCCGCCUUGGAAGCACGUUCUCUAUGCUCUUUCAGCUCUGGCAUUCAUUGUGCACUUGGCCAGCCAUGUUGCCGCGGUGACCAUUGAUCCGGCUGAUGCCAGCGUCAGGGCCAAAAAGUGUUACGUUGGUCCUAUGCCACUUUUUGACCGCACGGUGCAGCCUCACGUCAUCCAGGACCUGCACUGCUACCUGUGUGAUGUCAGGGUUGGCCCCAGAGUGAAACACUGCAGCGUUUGCAACAAGUGUGUGGCUGAUUUUGAUCACCAUUGCAAAUGGCUGAAUAACUGUGUGGGUGGCAGAAACUACAGGUGCUUCUUCAUAGCGGUGUCCUCCGCAACAGUCGGCGUGGCGUUGCUCUUCGCUGUCGUCUUGUUCAUAUUCAUCCAACACUACCUAGAUCCGAGCAUCCUACGGACAGCACCACAAUUCCACGGUGUGCUGGGAAAUGAGACCUGGCUGGUGUUUUUACCAUCAGCCUCCAUAAAGACCAGUUCGGCCGGUCUCCUCAUAGUGGCCUUCGCGACGGUCAUGCUAAGCCUCACGUGCCUUCUACUACUGUGUCAUCUUCUCUGUUUUCAUUUCUACCUCUGUUGUAAAGGCUUAAGCACCUUUGAUUACAUAAAGCUGCAGCGCCAAAAAGAAGCCAGAAGCCGAGAGAUCGAAGUGGAAAAUCCGCACGGCGUACAAAUAAACAACAAUAUCCCACAUGUGAGAACACCGUCAUUUUUCCAUUUUUUUUAUCUUUUUUUUUUUAAUUUUGUGUUUUCUAUGUUAAAGAAUCCAAGGAGCUCUACUGACUGUGAGCCAGCUUUAACUCAUGGUUCAAGUACCUGCAGGUCUGAUGACGAUAAAGGACCACUUAGCAGCCGACUAUCGGAGCCCAUCUGCACGGAGGUGGAUAACUUCAGGAAAACUCCAAAAAAGGGAAGCAGUUUCCAUCACGAAACACAGAAUCCUGCAGAGAAAUCAAGAGAAAAAGAGCUGACUACUAUCAGAAGCUGGAAGCCUGACGGCGGAGAAGACAUUCAGAGUGACAGCGUGAAGUCGGUGGACAGCAUACCGGAGGUGCAGGACCCUCUCGGAAGUUCAGUGAUGACUCGGGAUGCUACGUAGCAGUCGGCGCUAGGAUGCACUGGGAUAGGUUCAUGUUCUCAGGGGACUAUCGUGAGUCACCGUGGAGCCUUUGGUGAUAAUCAUCACCGGUUUGAUACCAGCUAUGAAGCCAUUUUUCAUAUUUAUCUUGUAUUGUGUGACUUGAAAGUCAAAGCUUUUGUUCCACUAACGUUAGCCAAGUUGAUGUUUUGUUUUGUUGUUUUUUUGGCAUCUGGAGAUCUUUUAUUUAUUUUUCAAAGAAAAAUCUGUUCCAUGUACGGGGGUGGUGAGACGUAAAUCAGUUGAUCUGCUAGCCAAGGCAACAACCUUAUAUGGUAAAACAUCCAUCAUCUUCAGAAGAUACUCUGAUGUGAGAACAUCACUUACUUAUUUGUAUGACUGUCCUAUCAUUUCAGUGUAAAGAAUAAUACCGUAUUGGAUGUCUCUUCAUUAUUUUCAGCUGCUUGAACCUAUGGGACUGACUCCUAACUUUAAAAAAAGCAUGCAAUUGAAUGUAUAUUUAGGGAAUCAAACACCCCCUCGAAAAAACGCAAAAAGAUUAAAUGCAACAGUAACGACGCCUCACUCUUAUCUAUAAAAUAUUACUAUUACUACUUCUCAUUGAUCUGUAACAGUGCACAGAAUCCAUGACCCCCCUUUAGCAUUCAAUGAUCUUAAUCCUUAAUGAUGGUCGGUGCCUGAUCUUUUGUUCACUUUCCUUUUCUUUGACGCACUACACACACUGACUAAUAAUUUGGCUAAUAAAGUUAGCUAAUAAAACCUACACAUCAUUCCAAACGUCAGUAGCGAACCAACACAUCUGCUAUUUCAGUCUAAAGGCACCCAUGCAGCAUAUGCUUUGAACCGGGCAGGGAAUUAG